AUGCGCCACAACACUCGCGGCAAAGAGAGCGAAUUAUUAACUUUUCGCUACGCCGCCGUAGAUAACCUCGACGCAUCCCCGCGCAAUCCCCAAAUUCCAAAUUUCAUCAGGAUGCUGAAAAGUGACCACGGGGACUGGUACAAAAAUGUGGUGAAGUAUCAUCGAAAAGGCAAGGUACGAUACACAGGAUACAGAGACCGGCCGCAAGAAGAAAGACAAGUACGUUUCCAAAAUGCAUGUCGCGAGGGCCACACAGAGAUAGCAUUCGUAGCAACCGGCACAAAUCUUCAACUCGUCUUCGCACCCCCUUCAAAUUCCUACAUGCAAAACAGAGAAUGCGACUUCGACAAAGAACCCGGAAAGAUUCAUAUAAAAUCCUCUUUAAUAAUGAAUGGCGUUUGCGUACGGUGGAGAGGGUGGAUCGAUUUAGAGCGUCUGGAUGGCGUCGGUUGUUUGGAAUAUUGCGAAGAUAGGGCAGCUGCCGAGGACGCCUUAUUGAGGGAACAAAUUGAACGCUACAACCAAAGAUUAAGGGAGUUCGAGGACAAACAGCGAGGUUACCGUUCCCAGGAUCGAAUUGAUCAGGAUCUUGAGUUGCGGAUGGCAAACAGUCUACACGGUUCAGCACACCAUGGUCAUCACGGCGGGCCGGUGUCUUCACGUUGUCAUGGACCUCCAAGGCAUGGGCUACCCCUACAAGGUAGAAAGAAGAAUGACUUAAAUCACGGACAUCACAAUUAACAUCGGAUUUCCUUUUCAAUUCCUCCACAAAGAUUAAUGUGAUAUAUUCUCUAUAAUUAUUAUUGUGUAAUUGUGUAUUACAUAACAGAUUGUCACGGUUUUUCCACGCGUACCUACCUAAAUUUCUUUAAAUUACUUUGCAAUUCAUUAAGGAAGUGGAAAUUUGUAAGCCGCGUGGAAAAACCGCGGACACUCCUUUUUCUCGUGAAGAGAAAUCGCAAUGUCAUUCUUCAUACUUUGAAGCUAUUUUAACAACAAUUAAAGAUUAGUGUUAUGCGUGAUUUACAUCAGAGUGAUUUAAACCUUGUAAUUAUAUUAUUACUACUAAUAAUUUAAUUUUCCAUUCCUUUUCCCUUAAAUCGCUUUGUACGUAAGAAUCGUAAGGGUGCGAUCGUCUGAGUGUAAUUUGUUAUUCUUUACGUUACAAUUACAUAUCUUGUAAUAAAAUUAUUAGUAUCAGAAUGAUCCGUUCCAUGUACAAUUUUACAGUUUGUGUGGCCUAUUAUACACGGUGUUUGUUGUAUAAUCGUACAAUAUAGAAUAAAACUACGUCUCUGUGGAA